CUUGUGCUCUGACGUCAUAUCCGCCAGAAGCAACGCUCAUGUUUUGCGGCUCUAAGGACAAGGGUUGGCGGUAAACAGAGGCAAGACGGUCACUGUCCAGGAUAACGCCGACGUACGUAACGGCUGGGGGAGCGCGUGCGGGAAGCUCGAGCUCACACCGCCGGUAUUGUUGACAGCACUCGGGCGGAAAGGCGGCACGCGGUGGCACUGCAGCCAUGCUGGGCAGGGGAACUGAAGACAGGAGGAGGCGCGCCGGCUGGGCCUUGGAGGCGCUCUUUCUCUCCACGUUUGUGGCCACUGCAAAAGCGCAGGGGGCGGAGUGUCCUCAACCUUCAUUCGGUGGAAAUGUUGUGUUAUCGAACGAUGACAUACUGAAGAACUCAUUUCCUGACGGAUCAUCUGCUGCUUUUUCAUGUGCCGUUGGCUAUGUCAGAACUGGGGGGUUAACAACUGUUACCUGCAACAAUGGGGCCUGGAGUGAACUGACACUUCAGUGCACAAAAAAAUCUUGUGGUCCACCUGGAGAAUUGCACAAUGGCCACUUUGAUUUGAGUGAAGGAAUUGAUUUUGGUGCCCGUAUUGUAGCCAGUUGUAAUAAAGGCUUUAUGAUUGUGGGCCCAAACUAUUUGGAGUGUUUAGAUUCUGGAUGGAGUACAAGACUUCCUACCUGUGAAGUGGUGAAAUGCCCGGAACCUUCACUCAUUCAAAAUGGUGAAAUCGUCAUCAAGCCAAAUAAGGAAUUUCCUGAAUAUAAUGAUGUCAUAGAGUACAACUGCAAGUCUGGUUACACACUCAUUGGAAAGUCGCAGAUUGUGUGUGGGGACAACGGGAAAUAUGACUUUGAUCCACCUAAAUGUGAAGUUAUUUCUUGUCCUGUUCCUCAAAUUCCAAAUGCGAUUCGGAUACAAGGAAAUCCACCUUAUGGAUACAAAAGUCUUGCCGUCUAUGAAUGCAAUUCGGGAUAUGUAAUGAAGGGCUCACCAAAAAUAGUUUGUGAGCUGAAUGGUUGGUCUCCUGCUGUUCCAUCCUGCAUUCACGCAGGUACGAGUACAACUACUACUACUACUACCACAACGACUGCAAGUAAUGGUGGAGAUAAAGACUCCAAGAGCAAUUACGCUGCACUAAUCGCUGGUGUCUGUGUGGCUGCAGUUUUAUUGAUUUUUUUGUGUUUUGGCGUGUGUUAUUGUUACCGAAAGAAAAAGGGUGACUACCACACCAGGGAAGAAGACCAGAAGCGAACCGAGGGGUUGUUAUAGCUUUUUAAAAACUCACAUUUUUGCCCAAGCUCGAAGCGUUAUAAUGGGACUUUCCCUGUUGAUUAGUGCAUAUCUGUUACUUUGAAAGAAACCAUCUGUCCCAAGAAUCAGCCUCCAGCUUUAUCCUUCAGUGGGCAUAUUUUUUGGCCUUCAGCAUAUUCAAGUUUUUUUUUUUAAAAAUGUUCUACUUAUUUUUGCUCUUUUUUGAAAAGAUGGAAGAAAAGAAUGAAGCUCAUGAGCCCACACUGAACUCAGAAUGGCUUUUAAAAACAUUUCUAGAAACUGGAGAUCCUUUCUUUCCCCAAUUUGUCUGUAUAACUUAAAGGACAAACAUGUUCAGUUUGGGUUUUCACUGACACAUGCAUAGUUUAAUUAAAGAAGCUGAACAUUGCACUUCUUGUUAAAUGAAAUUUAAGUAAUUUUCCAGUGCAAUUUUAAUUAGGAAUUGAACUAUGAGAAUAAAAGGUUUGAACAUAAAGUUCUAGUGCCAUUUUCCCAGAUGCCUAAAAGGUUUAUGAUGAAACAAGCAAUUUACUGAACAUUAAAUGUGACGGCCAAUCUUGUUCAUGUGGACUCUAUUAAAAUGAAUGUCCCUGAAAUGCACUAAAAGCUUUUGAAUGAAAAAUAAGUGCCUUUGUUUGCCUGUAUCUGAGUAAUACUGCUCUAUGUUAGUAACACGUCUGUCCAAGUAUGGUGGAGGAAUUUCUCUGCAUGGCUCUGUAACCCUUAUGUCAUAGACAGGCUAUCAUCUGGGUCCCAACCACCGCAAUGAUUGCACAUUCCAGGAAGGGUGUCUUUGUGCUUACAUCUUGCACGCCUGUGCUCCGUAUAUAGUUGGAUGUAAUUGCAUCAUUGUGUUUAUAUGUGUGUGUGUGUGUGUGUAUGUCUGAGUAUUUAUUGUUUAUCCUUACACAGAAGGGUUGCUUGUAGUUCUUCGAGAAAUGUAGGUAAUAUUUAAGCACCUUUAUAGAAGUCUUUCAGGAAUAUGCCUCUGUGGCUUUAAAAACAUAGAUUUUUGAAUGAGAUUAAAGCUAAAAAUGACCUAAUUACAAAUUUUUGUAGUGUUUUCAUAAGUUUUGUCCAUGCAGUUGUAAAAAUUUAAGUCUGCAGGAAGUUUGAGUCUUUUCAUUGUCCUGCAGUCCCACAUCUUGUAUUACGUUUGUUUGCUUUUGCAUAAACUUACCUGGUAAAUAAACUAUGCUCUGUAUUUAUUGCGAGUUUCAUCUGAGUGGAGAGCAAGUACACGUGUUUAAAUCAGUACAUCACUCAUUGUAUAGCUCAAAUAAAAGCUAGAUUUGCUCACAA